GCCGAACUCCGCCGUGCGCGCACGUACGCGAAUUGUUUGACAGACCGGAUCAAAUCAGCCACCGUUAUCGUCCUAAAUGACAACCUGAUGGACGAACGAGGUAGUCCAUGCAUGCUUGUGUAGUGUGAACGCUAGUGCCAGGAGUGCAGUGUUGUGUUCAUGUACAGAUGGAGGAGAUUCGCAUAUCGGACUGGCCCGAGCCACCUGGCUCCCAUGCAUGGCUGCCCGCUUACGGCUUCCAGCAUGAAAUAAUGGAAAAAGACGACUAUUUUGGCUCCAAUGGUGACAAUGGCAGCACUCACGCUUUGUACCUCGAAACAAUAGUCGAGGAAACAAGCGAUGACUUGCGUUCUGAACGCUCUUCUGCAGCCACCUGGCUAUCUGACUCAGAUGCCGACUCAGUCAUACAUGUUCGCGGCACAGCAGGAUCGGAGUGCGACAGCGAGUCCGAGCGGGAGUGGGCGUGUCCGGCAAAACGCCGGAGACGAGAGCGAGCCAACUCGCCGACCAGCCUCGGUUCUCUCUCACGUUCGUCUAGCCUCGCGCAAUUCGAAUCCCUCGAACGGUCAUGUGCCGCUCCAGUUUCACCUAGUCUAUCGCCGGACUCCCUCGAGUCGCCCCCUGCGUCACCACCGCCCGUUCGACCAGCGCCUCGUGCCCAUCUUUCAGCAGAAAACCUCAGCGAGGACAGUGGUUACAGUGAGCGCGCGCGCCGGCCGCCCCCGCCUGCCCGCCGUGGCCCGCCCGAAAUAGCGCACGGGCCGGUCGCCGCCGGCAGCGUGCCCUGCCUCGUCUCGCCCAGUGCCACGCGUCGCCAGCACCGCGCUGCGCGCGCUCUCUCGUUGCCCGCCGAGCUCGACGUCUGCACCGAGCCAAAACGCCACGCGACACACAGUGCGCGAUUUCGUCAGACCUUCGAAGUUUGCGACAGUUUUACCGUAAGCGUGGCCGACCUGACGGCCCUAGACUAUCGCGGAGGGCCGCGGAGACCGCGACUCCCUCCGCCGCCCCCUCCGCGACCCUCGCAUCAGCCGCCACCUCCACCGCCCUUGCUCGAUGUGGUUACGCGUCCCUUGCGGUCAACGCCGGCCCGCGAGCCGAGCGCUGGCAGCGACUCCACCACUGAAUCGGAACAAGCGUUUGCAAGGGAAAUGGAAGCUACAGCGCGUAGAUUGGACGAAAACGCGAAAAGAGCGCUCGCCGACACCGGAAAUUACGAUCGUGAGCUCUCCGUGCUGACUGCACGGCGACUACAGGACUCGUGGGGUGCAUGGGAUGACGUUCUUGAUGAGCUUCGACGGCGUAUGGAACCGUCAUCAGCUACACCAUCACCGCCGCGGUCUCCCUCGCCAGAUCCUGUUCGAGAGCCUAGUUUUGCAUCGACGCCCCUUCGAUCUGGAGACGCGCGAGUUCGUUCUACGCCCGAGUUGCGAGCGCGGGCGACGCCGCAUCGCGAAACUCCAGAAGAGUUGCGAGCUUCACUACAACUAGUCGCCCCGCGGCCGCCCGACUCGGCGUUACCGGCGCGCUCUGUUUCGACAGGAUCGAAAGGAGUCACUUUUUCACCAAUAGUGGCUGAAGUUAGUUGGCGAGAAACUAGUACGAGUAGUAACGAAAGUUCAGAACGAACGACGAGCGAGAGUUCGAGUGCGAGCGUGGACGGGGCAGACGCAGAGGUAGUGGAAGUGGAGGGGGAAGGCGAGGGAUCGCGCGCGCAGGCCGCAGAGUGCGCCGUCGCAAUGACGGAAGCGGGCGCGCGUGCGCCGCGCAGCCGCAUCGCCGGUUUCCUUUCGCGGUUCGCGAACUUCCGAUUCUCGGGGCGCAAAGAAAAAAAAUCUAGGGGCGCAGGCGCGAACGGGCGAGCGAGUAUCAGCGGUCCGCCGACGACGGCAGACGCGGGGCAGGGAGUGCGAGCGGCGGCCGCCGGGCCGCAGUAUGUGCGCAUCCCGCUGAAGGAGGAGGGUGUGUCGCGGGCGGUGGCACCCCCCGUGGCGGGCGGCGUGGCGCACAAGCCUCCGCGGCCGCGCCCGCCGCCCGCUCCGGCGCCCGGCGUGCUCGAGACCGACGUGGACACGCAGCGCACGGUGCUGCACGCGCGAUCCCUGCUCGCCCUGGCGCCGCCCGACCAGCGCGCGCCUCGGCCCCACAAAUCCAUGGAGUUUCUGCUCGACAAAGACAGCGCGCAGAUCGUACAGCCUCCCGAAAACGAGUUGCAGAAGAAUUCCGACCGCGUGCUCUCGGAGCACGAACUGCGGGUCCAAAGGUCACUGCAGAAACUCAAUGUGCCGGAAUGGUACAAAAAUGCUCCAGCCCCUCGAGAGGGCUUUCUCCUCCGCAAGCGGUUAUCUGACGCUUCGGCGUCAGCGACCCGUUGGAGUGGCCUCAACUCUAAAACAACAUCGCUCGGCAGUCUCGGCGCGAACGCGCAGCCGCCUCCGCCCCAGUUAUCUCCGCACACCACCAGUUUCGGAAGGUGGUCGACAAGCCGACUCAAUUCGAAUCAAACCUCACCGUGCUCUUCAACACGUAGCAGCAUCCGAGGCACAAGUCCAUUGUGCUCUCCGUCUACUAGGUCUUCCUUCAGUGCACGCCAGCCCUACCUCGGCUGGAGGAGUCAGGAACGUCUAAAUACCACACCACGGACGCCACACGAAAGGCUAGCUUCAUCCCUUCUUCAGCAGACAGCUUCAGCAAAGGCAUCUGAAGAAAUCCAAUCAUCGAUCAAAGAGGUCACAUCAGCGAUAGUACACUACGUAUCGGGCUUAGAGCCAGCCAACGGAGACGUGGACAGGCAGCCCUCGCCGAGGUCCAGUCAGAAGUUGUAUUGGCUAGAAAGUUCGUUUGUUGGUACAAAGCCUCUAGAGUCGCCACAAACACCGCUGGUGGUGACGGAAGCGCUCCCCCCUCCCCAUCCGCGUCCGCCAUCAUCGCUACGCCUCGAGCACCGCGCAGCGCCCGACUGGCAAGAUUCCCAGCGUUCCUUAAACCUCGGUAUAACCAGGCCUUCCCCGGGAUCCACGACCCUUGAAGACGUUUUGGACUCGCUUCUUGGCCUCCCUUCUCAACCAACAAGGAUACCGACUCCUCAACCAAGUCCAAGGAAAUCAGCGAGUCCUUACUAUCUGUUAGGUGGAAAGAGUCCGCGGUAUGAACAGUUAGCCAGUAGCGGGCACAGCAGCAUAUCCCCAGCCUCCCGCUUCAUCAGCACACCCAGCGAGGGACCCAGCUCCUUCACCGACCCAAGUCCCGACCACGAUCGAGCAGGGACGGAUACAGUUGAUGUUCCGGUAACGAUGCAAGAAUCCAGACGUUCGAGAUCGGCUCAGGGCGAGCACUCUCGAAGGAGAAGUGAGCCAUUCGCCCAUCCAAGUGCUUCCCUAGACCGCCGCACGAGCCUCGACGCUGGAGCCCUGCGAUCUGAUCACCAUCUCACUCAUCACGAUUCCAAAACCUCCCUCGCUUCCUUACAAACCGAAAACAGUACCGACGAAGGUUUUGUUAAAUGCAAAUAUUCGAAAUGUUCCUCCCGCGCACCUCACGCAGAUGCCAAAAGACAUUACAAAACCUGCCACAACUGCACAACAAUGUACUGCUCCAAGGAAUGCAGGCGAGCUCACUGGGAGAAGCAUAGGAAAGUUUGUCUACAUUCGCGAGCGAGCACGCUGUGCAGGCAGAUAAUUUCAGCGGCCAAGGAAGAUGUAAAUUCCUUGCACCAAAUCAGUACAAUAGCUCAUAAAGGAUAUUUAGCACAAGGAAGGGGGGUUGUGAAGAUCUUCUUCACCAGUCCCGAAGCAGCGGAAAAGUUUACUAUCCACGGCUACCAGUAUUUGAGCGAGCCGGAGUUCGUGAAAUGGACGUCUCUUCAACCCAACGAAAUGGGUGCGGAAUUGUACACCGAAGUGGUAAAACUGUGCAAGGCAUACAACCCUGAAACGAGAGUUAUAUUAUACGUCGCUGUGUGCAUUAUCAGCGAAGUACCAACGAAAGGUGCCGUCAAGUGGGAAAGACAGAUGGUAUCGAGGUGCGCCAAACUGCGUCUCAGCAAGUCCGUAUCCUCCGCGAUACAGGAACAGAAUCGCAGGCGAAACAGAAGAGAUAGCAAAGGCACGCCCGAGGAUCGGGAAACUCUCAUCCUAACAUCGAAGCUGACGAACGCCGGCGAGAAAAACGCGGCGACGGCGCACAAGUUCAGAGAAAUAUGUUUUAAAAAUAUAAUAAAUGAGCUGGAAAGUAGAGGCGUGGUUCUGAAGAAGCAUUUCCCCGAGGUAUAUUCGAGGUUGGCUGCUUAUGUGGACGGAACGAGCGAUAGAUUCAUCCCGAUGACGAUAUACCCGCGAAACGCGACCAGUGGCAAGUCGUUUGUGUGCGUGAUCAUGCCCGACAAUGAUACGGACAGUACUCCUGUGGAUGGGAAGGUGGUAACGGUGGAUGUCGGCGUCGACCGUUCCAAACAUCAGUUGUCGACACCGAUGUGAUCUUUAAAUUUUCCCCUUUUAACAUCAAGGGUAUUGUAUAUAUUUCCGCUGGAUUUUUAUAAGAAGAAUAACAUCGCUCAAAGCUGUAUUCUUAUGAGAAAUUGUCUAAGAUUUUUGCUGAUCGUUUGAUACUCUCUUCUUGACUACGUUUUAUGAAUCUCGUAUGUGGUUUGAUGUUGAAUGUUCUCUUUAUAUUUAUUAAAUACAAUUUUCUUAAAUCUAUAAUGUAGGGGGCGUGUGAGCCUUCUGGUUUGAUCACGAAUUGGAAAAUUUAUAAUAUAAAACUAAUUCGUGACUUAAACGCGGGUUUAUUAAAAGACAAAUAUUAUUGAAUAGUUUCUUAAUAAAUAUAUUAAUAGUGUAAUUAAUAGAGAAAGAAAAUAUUGCCUUUGAAAUAGCUUGAAGUUUAGUUAAAUAUAUAUUAUUUGUUAUAAAUAAUUUAUUGUAACAUUUCUUGUUGUUGCUUAGAAAAUCUACAAUUGCGUUAGAGUAAAGAAAAGAAAAUGGAGCAAAAUGGUUGAGCGCAAAUUCUAUAGAAAAUUGAUUUUAAUUUUUGCCAAAAGAUUGGAUUUUUUAUAACGCAUGGUUUUAAAAUUUGACAAUACUUUAUAAGAAUAUUAAAAAAAAAACAGAACC